CUCUCUCUCUCUCCCUCCAUCUCACACACACACACACACACUCUCACUCCCUCACAUGUUCGCGCACCCUCUCCAUCUCCUCCUCCUCCGUGUCUCCUCGGCCGGCUCGCCGUUGCACGGGAGGAGAUUUCCACUCCGGCCACUUGAUUUAUUAGGCGUCGCUGGAAUGAGCUGAUUUGAAAAGAAAAAAAGAAGAAAUAAAAAAAAAAGGAGGGCAAGUGUUUCCUGUGCAUGUGUGCAAGAGGUCUGGAGACAGAGCGGAGACGUCUCUCUUCGUCUCACGCUUCGCUGUGGACCAGGAGGCAGCGCGAGGGGAGAGGAGAGGGAAGAGAGGAAGAAGAAGAAGAGGUGGAGGAGGAGGAAGAAGAAGAAGAAGGGACGCACAUCUGGGUGGAAGGAGAUUUUGGUGUCAUUUGUUCUGACAUGGCCAUCGCGUAGGAAUCUGGUGCCACGGCAACCGUCAGCUUGGAGACGAGGUAUCCAAGGAUAAGGAGAUAGAGAGUCGGGCCGGUUCCACGGGACGUUAAAGGCAACUGGGAGAAGGAUGGCAGCGGAGGAGAAGUCGGGCGUGAAGAGCAGCAGCUCCAUCGUUCCCUGCUUCCUGUUUGUGGAGCUGGUGAUCAUGGCUGGGACGGUGCUGCUGGCUUACUACUUUGAAUACACGGACACCUUCCCCGUGCACAUCCAGGGCUUCUUCUGCUACGACAAGACCUUCUCCAAGCCCUACCCGGGUCCCGACGAAGCCAGCAAGAUCCCCCCGGUGCUCAUCUACUCGCUCGUCACGGCCGUCCCCACGCUCACGAUUCUCGUUGGAGAGUUGUGUGCCUUCUUCACCAAGGCAGAGGGAACCCAAGAGAAAACCAUUGUCACUGCAGACUGCUGCUACUUCAACCCCCUGCUGAGACGCAUAAUACGCUUCCUAGGGGUCUAUGCCUUUGGCCUGUUCACCACCAGCAUUUUCGCCAACGCCGGGCAGGUGGUGACAGGAAACCAGACGCCUCACUUCCUGUCGGCCUGUCGACCCAACUACACCGCGCUGGGCUGCCAGUCCACCAUGCAGUACAUCACAGAGCGCCGCGCCUGUACGGGCAACCCGCUGAUCGUCAUGUCCGCUCGCAAAUCCUUCCCGUCGAAGGACGCAGCGCUCAGCGUCUACUCUGCGGUGUACACAGUGAUGUACGUGACACUGGUGUUUAGGACCAAAGGCACGCGGCUCACCAAGCCCACCAUCAGCCUCACCUUGCUCUGCCUGGCCAUGCUGGUCGGCGUGAUCAGGGUGGCCGAGUACCGCAACCACUGGUCCGACGUCCUGGCUGGAUUCUUCACCGGGGGAGCCAUCGCCGUGUUUUUGGUGGCUUGUGUGAUAAACAACUUCCAGCAGCUGCAGCCCACUCCUCCUCCACCGCGACCCCAGCGCCCCGAGUCGGUCCUGGGCAUGCCGAUGGUGACGCUGCCCUGUGUGGAGAGUCCACUCGAAAAGUUAAGUGGCCCUCAGCAUCCUGCACUCACCUCCUCCUCCCCACCUUACAACGCCUACGUCCAACCAUUCUAACCGACUCUGACCCCCCCCCUCCCCUCCCGCCAUCGCCACUUCCCCCGCCUAUCUCCGUAAACUAUUUCUGUUUUCCGUUCCCCCCACCUCAUUCCUUGCAUUGCUCUUGAUUAUUCUUUUCUUCACUUUUCUCUCUGCUCCGCCCCCCCUUCCCCUUUUUUUCCCCCCGUCCUCUCUUUCUCUUCCUUCUUCUUCUUCUCCUCCUCCUCUCUUUUCUCACUCCUCUCUUCCCCCUGCAGACUCCGCGCGGAUCUCCGUUCACCGACAUCACAUGACCAUCAGCCCUAUCGGUUCCCCGCCACCCCCGAUGUCCUCAUACCGUCUCGCUCCAUUUCCAGCGAAGUCUAGACCAGCCGGAGCAGCACUCGCCGCACUGCGCCGCCCAUCCGGCCGGGCGGUACGCAACGCUGCACCGCUCCUAUUCCACGCAGGUCUAGGCCUCACUUAAUAUAUUAAGCACACACACACACAAAAAAAAACCCUUUUGCCCUCUCAACCCCUGGGGAACCGAUAGGCUUUAAAGACUUUCUCUUUGCUGGACGUCCAGUAAAGCAAAACUCUGAACACUACAGUACAGUCAGGUACUUCUAUUAACUAUUUUUUUUUUUUUUUUGUAUGAACUUCAGUGGUGUGCUGCGUACGGAGAAACUGUGACCACUGAGAAUGUCCACAGAUUUUGUUUUCUUUAUUUAUUUUUUCUGCAACUCAAUGAGGAAGGAGGCGCGUAACUUGCGUAAAUGUCCGGAGGUUGCCAUGUUGGACCAAAGAAGCCCGCGGAAGGAAACAAGCUGAGAUUUACCUUUAAGAAAGAGAGAAAGAAAGAAAGAAACACAUCCUUUUAGCAAGCCAUACACACCUAAACGCAUCUCAUGCACGCACAAUGUCACAAACUGUAGUCUUGAGUAGCGGCGCCCUAGUCGGCUCCGGAUGAUGUUUGCUCAGAUCAAAGGAUCCGUCUCAUAUCUCUCUGCAGAACUAAAGCAAACAGGAUGAAAGUGCAGACAUCUCCAGUUGGCUAGCUUCUUCUUCUUCUUCUUCUUCAUGUUUUUUUUUUUUUUUUUUUGCUUUUUCAAUUACUCUCAGAUGCCAAAAAUGUUUGCCAACGUGAAAUGAAACGCAGGAUGAGACAAAGCCCAGUUGCAGGUGGCACAACAGCGAGACGUCGCAUUCGGGAGCAAAUAUUAGUUUUUUGUUGCUUGUUUUUUUUUUUUUGUAUCUUUUGAGAUGAGGAGCCUUCAUACAAAACUCUCCAUGUGGUGCCAAUUGACUUUUUUGUGUCCUGUUUCGCUCAGUAUCUUUUUUGUAUUUUUUUUUUUGCUGCAAACUGGUGUAAUUAUUCCUCUCUGAGAUUUGAGAUGAACGGGUUUAUACGUUGAAAUGUACACGGCGUGGUUGCCGUGAGGACAGUUUUGCUGAUUUUGAUUUGCACACGCCUUUCAAUCCACGUUUUUUAUUAUCAUUAUUAUUAUUAUUAUUAUUAUUAUAUCCCUCUCCCCUUUUCCUCCUUCACAAUCGCACAAUUUUUAUUUCGCGAUGUUCUCUGUCGUAUCUUGGCUAUAAUACCGACACUGUGCUGUGAAAUGUUUCCCUCUGCUGGACGACGCAAACACACACACACGCACAGAACACACACGAGUAAAAUUUUUACAAAGCACAUAGUCAAACAUAUCAGAAGCACACACACCGUCACUCUUACAUCCCGUCACCUUCUUGUUACUCUACAUUCCUUCCCCUGAGCCACUUUCUAACACCGAAACUGUAUGAUAUUGUACAUAUUAUUUUGUAUUGAGAGUGUGAUUUUUACACAAGUGUCACCAACACUCACUGUAGAGACCUGGGGGGGACAAAAUCUUGUAUUUAUUAUGAGGAUGCUGAAUGACGCUGGAAAAAUUCUUUGCAUCAAACUACUGUAUCUGCCCACUGGACUGGAAAAGGUUUAUGAAUUUGAGGGGGUUUCAGUUACUCAUCUUAUCAUGAAUUGCAAGUUGUACAAUUUCCCUCCUGUUUUUUUUUCCUCUUCUGUUCUUGGUUUACUGACACAUUGGUAAUGCUAGCAUACGUCAAGCUAACCACCUGGAUGCUAAUACAGAGAUCAUCAGGUUUCCAUUUGUCGCUGUCCUGCUUCAUAGAUCCAUUUAGAGUUAGUCUCGAGCCAUAACGUGAAUAUAACUGUUAUUGUUAGCUAGCUUCAGCUGCUAGACAUUCCACCAUGUUCACCAGCUAGUUGCUAAAGUGGCUAAGUUAGCAUCUUGCCACAUUCACAAAUGCAAUCAGUCAGUACGUUUACAUGCACGUGAAAAAAAACUAAUUACUACAAUUUAUUACCUUAAUCUGACUUUAACUGGACAACUUAAACGCAUGUAAACACAUUCUCCUUAUCCAAUAAAGACACCCAGAUAAUGCGAUUGGAAAUUGAUUUUCUCUGGCAUGUAUACGGCUCAAUCAGACUUUAACUGGAAAGAAAGCCAGUCAAAGAAAAUGAAGGUAAACAGACAGGGCAGAAGAACCACCUGAGGGAUAGCGCCAUCUUGUCAGCACCAUAAGUAGCGCACACACUACGUUGAGAUUAAAAAGCUGAAUUAUUAUCUAUCUUGUUGUUGUUUGAAAUGUCGGUCUGCCGCACGAAUGACUCCGGCUGUUCAUCAUAUGACAUAUUAGGUCAACCAGAAAGGGGGCCACAUUAACCUGCUGACAAGACGCAUAUCGCCACCUAGUGUGGAGGAGGAGAACAAGUUCCCGUCAGUUAUUCAAUUUUCUCCAUUGCAUGUAAACUGGGACAAAGACCGCAUUCAGAAAGUCAAAUUUCGAUUAAGAUGUGCAUGUAAACGCACUGACUGAAACUUUGGCAAAAAUUUCAUGUUUUAACGUAGCAUCAAAAACCAAAAACAAUCACAGAAACCGUGUUACAAGGCUCCAAAACACCGGAAUGACUAAAGAGUCGAGUGGUAGCUCUUGGUUUCCUUGAUAUAAACAUUUGAAUUAGUGCAACUUUAAGAUAUUGGGAACUAAAACUGUUUGUUGGAAAAGAUUCUUUAUAAUGCUUGAGCUCACAAGAUUAGUUAAUUUUCUGUUUACCUAACAAUCUUCUAAAGCUACGCUCAAAAUGCAAGUUGCAUGGCACACUUAAAGAGAAAAAAAAGCACGUAAUGGUCCUUUCAUAUCCUCCUUCUACCAUUGACCAGUACAGUUUAAUUUGGCCGAGUCAGCUCUCAUAAAACUGUAAAUUUGCCGACGAGACGGGAGAAAUUUUUAUUCCCUUUCAUUCUAAAAACCCACACCAUAAAACAUUCAUCAUCUUUGGGGACUCCGUGAAUAUCCACAGCAUGAGUCAGUGCACUUUCUAUCAAGCCAUGUGCUUUAUGAAUACGAGGAAUAAUAUUACCCUUACAUGUUAAUCCGUUUGCUGUCAUCUCAGAUUUACUGAAUAUUUUUUUAGUUUACACCGUGUGAGCAGAAGAAAACCAUAAAAAGUGUGAAGUAUUGGUGGCUUUGAGAGAACCAGAGAUACCAACUGCACCACCGGCACAGAUGUGACGUUCUAACCUUUGACCUUUGCUGCAUGACGCCUCUUUGUUUCUUGUUUUUCCUCAUUUCUUUCCAGUCCAUACCAUCCUUCCGAUGAAGCAGAAAUGCCUUAACGCAAUCUUAACGUAAUAAAUUAAAGCAGCCUGUGAAUCUGAGUGCGAGUGCAGGCUUCUCAUUUGUGCAAAAAUCUCACUAACUCAGUCGGUGUUCGCGAGGAAUUCGCGGAUGAGAUACGAGCGAAUGAAAAAGGAGGGGGUUAAAAAAAUCCUACGUGAAGAGGCAGAUUCUCCUCUGGUUCAACUCCACAGCUUUACUUUCCUGUCAAGUCUUUAGAGACUCGCGUUUUAAAUCAAAGAACUAACACAGCGCGGUUGACUGACAUGUGAAUAAAAAGCACUGAAGGUCUCCUUCAGAUCUGCAGCUCUGAGGGAGGAACUCGUUUCCUUUCAUCCCGCUGCAGAAAACCCUCUGUUUUGUAAAGAUUUGUGUGAUGCGAACAAUAAAUGGAUAUUGCAAUAAGAAAA